UUUCUUUGAUGAGUUUUUUUAUUUAUAAUUUCUUUAAAUUCCACUAUAAUGACUUGUUGUUAUGUAAAAGAGCAUCAGUUCAAUAAUAGAAAAGAACGAAUUUGUUUCUGUUCAUAGAGAGUAGAAGAUGCCUAAGGAUGGAAUACUAAGUUGUUUGGGCGGAGGUGCUCUCUACCUUCUUGGCUGGUUCUGUGACAGUGAUGCAGAUAAUCUUCAAUCGGCCCUUCGGAUUAGGAAGUUGAAGGAUUUGGAGAGACUGUUGAGAUAUGAACAUAGAUUGGUGGUCGCAAUUCGGGGAAAAGUUUUCUCGGAAACUCCCAUCAACUGUGAACUUAGUGGUUUACAAGGUGUAGUUGUGGAGCAAAGGGAAGAACAAUAUUUUCUGAAACGCAUCAAGGAUGAUGAAUGGAUGAAGGAUUAUAAAUUCACGCCUUCUACCACAAAAGAAGUUCCAUGGUAUUUGGAUGAUGGGACUUUUCGUGUGAAUGUGGUGGGAGCUCGAAGAGCCGGAGGCUUUGAGUACCCAGCUGAAAAUGCAGUAUUUGAAGGAUCAAAGAGAAGCUGGCCCCAGAUUGAGACAUUAGCUUUUCUCAAAAACCUUCCACUUAUAACAAAAGGGAAGAAAGAUCACAAGAUCCUUGGAGUGAAACGAAUUGAGCGGGUACUUCCAGUUGGUACUUCUUUGAGUGUUGUUGGUGAGGUUGCUGUGAAAGAUGGCAAUGGUACCAUUUCGAUUCGGGAACCAUACAGAAGACCAUUUUAUGUCUCUCCCAAAACCAUUGAUCAGCUCACUGAAGAGAGUAGGAUGUGGGCGAGGUUGUUGUAUGUUGCAUCUUUUGGUUUCAUUGUGUAUGGUGGUGUCCAGAUUGCAAAGCAUUCUAUCUGAUUCAUCAUGGAAACAAAGCUCCAUUGAGAAAUUGCACAGAAGAAGAAAAUGUCGAUGAUUGGAUGAUAUUUUUAAGAAUUUGAAGGCCUUAAAUUGUUAUUUUGUACUCUCAAUCUGACUUUGCUAUGUGGGGUGGGCAGUUACACCAAUGCCCCUCAACUUUUGCUUAUGAAUGUAAAUUUGCAAUUUCUAUAUAUUUUAUGGAUUACUUCUCCAAAUUUGUAAAUGAUUAAGGGGUGAAACUUUGUAAAUCUUUUCACGGGAUCUAACUCCUCAAGUGAUUAUAGAAUACUAUAGUAGUA